ACAAAAAGGAGGCUUUAAAUGAAACUCAAAGCCGCAUCGACUGGCUUACAAAAGAGGAAAUAAUGCAUAUGCUCUUAAAAUCACAAUCUGUUGAUCGUUCAGUAUUAUCAUUUGUUCAAACACAGCUACGAAAUAAAAAUCCUUUCGUGGAUUUCCCAACAACAUUUAAUGUUCCUUUAUCAUUUGUUCGUCGAAAACACGGGAAGCAUGGUCAUGAAUUAUUUUUAGAAGCGUUAAGUAAAGCAGAUAUGAGGCCAUUUACACUAAAUCAAGUUGAGGAUUGCUUCUAUAUUAGUGAGGAUGAUGAAAUUGGGGAGCCUUUAGUGUCUACUGAUGGUAGAUGCGAAACUUCACCUGUAUUUGGAACCGCUCCCGAUGAUGGCCUAGGAAUUAGUAUUGGUUUUCCUGAUGAGGAUGAUGAUAUGCAAGAUCUCGAUUCAAAGCCAGUCAAGCGAAAUGUUGUCCACAAACAAUUAUUCUGGUUGCUUUUUAUACCUCAAGAAACUAGCAUUCAAAUGUAUUUUUAUUCUCAAGCGGUUUCUCAAGUUAAACGAUCCAACAUUAUUAAGCAUGUGCGAAAUUGCAUUAUACAAGCGUCUGAACGUGUUAAUAGGAUAAUUUUAUUGACUGACCUUAAUAAUACCCAUAAUUGCAGUAAAUACUUGGUGCGACCUGAUCCUGAUGAUUCUUCAGAUUCUGAAUCUUCACCUGAAGAUAAUGAUUUGUCCUCUGAGGAUAAUUAUUUGGUCGAUGUCCUUUCAAAGACACAAAAUGAUGAUGGUCAAAAUAAUGUUUCUAAAAAGUUCAAGGUUGGACAAUUUGAAUGUCCUUUGGUAUAUAGGCAAACAUUUCCGCUUCAUUGGCGAUUAAAACCGAAUAACGCUAUAAAUGGAAUUGAAUCUAGUGUUCUCAAUUCGUUUGCUGUUAAUAACCGAAAGCAUAUGUUUGUCUAUGCUAAAGAAAGUUCUAUUGUAUAUAUCAAGAUUUCGGAGGUGGGCCCAGAUGAUAAAAUUGAUGAUGCUUCUCGAUCUACGAACUCUUCCCAAAAUAUCAAUUCUAUAAACGCUAUUCAAUCUGAAACGUCGUCAGUCAACGCUGCGGAGGAUUUUCGAAGAUCUCCAUCUAGCAAGAGUGGUAGCAGUCCCAAAACCACUACUACUCUUUCACCUGGUUCUAAAAAACCUUCAUCGCAACAGCGUAUUUCAGAAUCGAGGGAGCUAGUAGUUGAAGUCUUUGGAAUAGAUCCGCCUGGUAAAGAGAUCACGGAAGAAUUGAUGGAUUUACUGGAAACUAGAUUAAUGACUAAUAUCACAUUGACUGCUAUGUCAACUUUUCUUGUUCGUAACCCCAAGUUCAACCCUACUCGGGAG